AUGGACUGUCCAGGUCCGCCGGAAUCGCCCUCCCCUGCCACCGCCUCCACGACGACCACUGCCGCCGAGGCAGCCGCAGCUGCUUCUUCACCCGGCAGUGAAUCACCACCCACAACAUCGACAAAUGGCGCCGUCAGCGGCGGUGACAUAGACCUGCACGGCGAGGACCCGGGCUCCUCACCCUCCUCAUCCUCCUCCAGCUCCAGCAGUUCCUCAUCCUCAUCCUCCUCCUCUUCGGCGUCCAGCUCGCCCACCAGUGCCACCAAGAGCUCGCCCACCACGCUCCACGGCGGCGGCAGCGGCGGUGGUGGUGGUGGUGGUGAUGAGCCUCCUUCAGCAGCUGCCAGCAUGACCACCGCCAGUGAUGCUCCCGCGGCAACGGUCAACACCACCGCCUCCAACGCCAGUGGCACAACUAAUCUCUCCAACUCCAGCGGCACCAACAGCAGCAACAACUCUCUCGCCAACAAUGCCACCACCAAUGGCAAUGAUUCCUCCUCCUCCAACUCCAACUCCAAUUCGAAUGACAGCAACAACAUGCCAGCACCGCCAACGGACACCCGUCGGCGGGUGAAGCUGUACAUGCUGAAUGCCAAUCGAACCUGGGACGACCGCGGCACUGGUCACGUUAGCAGCAGCUACAUCGACCGCCUGAGCGGCAUGUCGCUGCUCGUCAAAGCGGAAACUGACGGAUCUCUUCUCCUCGAGUCACGUAUUCUCGCCGACACUGCGUACCAGAAGCAACAAGACACGCUGAUCGUCUGGUCGGAGGGCGAGAACUAUGAUCUCGCACUGUCCUUCCAGGAGCGUGCCGGCUGUGAGGAGAUUUGGAACAAAAUCUGCCAGGUGCAAGGCAAAGACCCCAGUGUUGACAUUACGCAGGACAUCAUAGAAGAUGACGAAAAUGGUAAGUUUGGUAAGCAAAACAACCGACAGCUCUCUUUCUAGUUACCGCCAUGUGAGCCAGACCGCCUCGACGAAAUAUCCACCCUAAUCAGCUCUUCCCUGACGAUGCAGUCGAAAAAGGACAGCAUAACAUUAGCACUGGAGUCGGAAAAUUACAUCCCCAAGCUGUUGACUCUUUUUCGCACCCUUGAAGAGCGUAAAGACGUCGCCUCUCUCGCGAAAAUGUACGACAUUUUUAAAAGCAUUUUUCUCCUGAACCGAAAUUCCCUCUUUGACAUCAUGCUCUCUGAGGAGCAGCUCUGGGAUGUGAUCGGCGUCUUCGAGUACGACCCUACAUUAAUACGUGACAAGCGGCAUCGUGAGUUUCUGCGAAAUGUCAGUCGCUUCAAGGAAGUGAUACCGCUGUCGAAGAGUGAACUGGUCGCAAAGAUUCACCAGACAUAUCGAGUGCAAUACAUUCAGGACGUCAUUCUGCCGACGCCGUCCGUCUUUGAGGACAACAUGCUCAGUACGCUCUCCUCCUUCAUCUUCUUCAACAAGGUGGAGAUUGUCAGUCUGAUACAGCAGGACGACAAGUUCCUCAAGGAGCUCUUCAGACAGCUCACCGACGACUCGCCGGCGGUGAAUGAGAAGCGCCGAGACCUGGUGAUGUUCCUCAAGGAGCUGUGCACCUUCUCGCACACCCUGCAGCUGCAGAACCGAGAGAUGUUCAUCAAAACACUGGCCGGUCUGGGGCUGCUGCACACGCUGGAGGUGCUGCUCGGCAUCGACGACAUGCCCGUCAAGCUGGGCGCCGUCGACAUACUGACGUACAUUGUCGACUACUCGCCCAGUAUGGUGCGCGAGUAUGCCCUCGCACAGGAGGCCAAUGAGAAAGAUGAACAGAAGUACCUGCUCAAUAUUAUCAUCGUCCAGAUGAUCUGUGAUACAGAUACAGAUCUAGGCAUGGCCACGCAGCUGUCAAACAUACUCAAAUUGCUUAUAGAUCCCGAAAACAUGCUGACGGCAUCGCCUAUCAAUAAAUCGGAAAAAUCAGAGUUCCUCAACUACUUCUACCGGCACUGUAUCAACUACCUAACGAAGCCCAUUCUGGCGGCAACGCUGGUCGAUGGUAGCGGCGGCCCCGAGGAGACGGCCGCUCGCCAGCGAUCGGCGCAGCUCUUUGCCAUCAUUCUCGAGCUGAUGACCUUCUGCAUUGAGCACCACGCCUACCACAUUCGAGGGUACCUGCUGUCAAAGGACGUCGUCCGGUCGAUUGUCAUCCUGACCAAGUCUAAGCACCGUUUUCUUGUGCUGUCCGUUAUUCGCUUCAUUCGCCGUCUAGUCGGACUGAAGGAUGAGUUCUACAAUCGGCACAUCAUCACUGUCAACCUCUUUGGACCGAUCGUGGACGCCUUCCUCGCGAACAAGGGCCGCUACAACCUGCUCGACUCGGCGGUGAUUGAUCUCUUUGAGUUUGUGCACUCCAACUCUAUACUCUCGCUGUGCAACUACACGAUAGAGAACUUCUGGAAGGGAAAGCUGGAGCACAUUGACUACGUGAAGACCUUCAAGUCGAUGCGCGCCUUCUACGAACAGCAGUCGGCCAUGCGGGAGCGCAUUGAUACUAAUUCCUUUCUCAUCGCACGGAACCGCUACCGGCGAGACCCGCGUCAGCUGGACAAGGAGGAGGACAUGUGGUUCAAUGCGGAGGACGACGACGAGGAGGAGGACGGCGUGGACGAUGAUGAAGACGAUGACUGUGAGAACUACCACGACGAGGACGAUACCGACAGUCCGCCGCCACCGAUCAGCCAGCGGACGUUGCAGCAGCAACAGGCCGCGGCGGCUGCGGCUUCGGCUGCCAGUUCAGCUGCUGUCCUUCAGGAGGCCACUGCUGGCUUCUACGGACCAGGCCUCUCGGGAGGGGGCGGCGGCGGUGGCCUAGGGCAGGGAGCUCCUUCGGCGCACAAAUCGCAAGGGAGCACCAUCUCCUCGCUGCAGUCUCUCCACCACUCGCUCAGUCAGCAAAGUUCAGUUAGCUCGACGACCAGCAGCGGUGUCUUUGGCGGUGGUGGCGGCGGCGGAGGAGGAGGAGGGCUUCCCCAGCCGCAGACUGCCACCGGUGCUGGUGCUGGUGGAGGUGGUGGUCACCUGAGCUCAACGAGCAGUGCCUACGAGUCGCCCACUUCUGCCUUCAUCGACUCGCCCUUCUUCUCCUCAUUUGCUGCCAAUCAGAAGAAGAAGUUUGAGCGGAAGUCAUUGAGUAAGUUGUGUGGAUGGGANUACGAGUCGCCCACUUCUGCCUUCAUCGACUCGCCCUUCUUCUCCUCAUUCGCUGCCAAUCAGAAGAAGAAGUUUGAGCGGAAGUCAUUGACCAUCAACCUGAGCACCAGUAAGUCGCCUGGGUAUAUGAGCAGCAGCAGCAGCAGCAGCAACAGUGCCACCAGCAGCAGCGCCGUCAGCUCCACUUCACCGCAAGUUCUCUCUGCCUUCUCUGGCGCGGGGGCGUCGGCGGGCACCGGCGGACUGAGCAGCAGCAGCAACGCCGCUGGCNAUGAUUUGGCCAUCAACCUGAGCACCAGUAAGUCGCCUGGAUAUAUGAGCAGCAGCAGCAACAACAGUGCCACCAGCAGCAGCGCCGUCAGCUCCACUUCACCGCAAGUUCUCUCUGCCUUCUCUGGCGCGGGGGCGGCGACGGGCACCGGCGGACUGAGCAGCAGCAGCAGCAACACCGCUGGUAUCGUUUCCACUAGUGUCAACCACANCAACAGUGCCACCAGCAGCAGCGCCGUCAGCUCCACUUCACCGCAAGUUCUCUCUGCCUUCUCUGGCGCGGGGGCGUCGGCGGGCACCGGCGGACUGAGCAGCAGCAGCAACGCCGCUGGCAUCGUUUCCACUAGUGUCAACCACAGUGCCUCCUCUCCGAACUCUUCCAGAAAGGCGUUAGUCGACUACCCUGACGAGGACUCGGACGAAGAGGACGACGAAGACCAUGAAGAGGACCUCGACGACGAUGAUGAUCUCGAUGAUGGCCUUUUGGCGAAGAAGCCAAGGUUUUGA